AUGGCUAGUAUGCGAUCGAGUGGACGAUCUCGCUCCACGUUGUUUGAAGAUGAAGCUUGCAUUUCGCGGGAUGGCGACAGAACGCGUUCCCAGUUGCUUGAGAAGUCGGGCUUACAUAAAACAUCUAAAGCCUCCAAAAACCUGGCUUCGACGAAGCAUGACUCAUCUUCGCGUUCCAAAGCAGAAUCAGAUAACCAGGAGACUACAAAAUCAGUGCGUUCAACUCCAGACCAAUGCGCCCUCGUCUCCUCAUUAAGGAAAUCCAAGACCGUACACAUUCCACGUAUCUGGGAUGAGCUUCCGGCGUGGCGACUGGAAUAUGAAGCACUGACAGGCAUUCAGCAGCAGGUCAUGGAGUACGUAGCGUCCAAUAGUGAGGCGGAAAGUGCUGCUGCGAAGGCUCGACUCCAGAAGAGCUGGGCAGUCUUCAAUAUCUCCGAUCAAGACUUCUCAAAAAUCGAGCUCUAUCUCGCGAAAAAGGUGCCCCUAACCAUUCGUGUUGACAUCCAAGGGCUAUUUCCAUAUUUGAUACACGACCCCUUCUACAGAACCUGUUUUGAGACAAACAUUAAGGGGUCUGUGUAUUUGGAAGCUCGACGAGAAUUUGAAGCAGUCCUCUUCAACAACCUCUAUGAACACCCGUCAGUUCAGCCACAAGACAGGCCAAAGUAUGGUGUAUUGAACAUGGUAUGCCAUCCGUUUUCGGAUUCCCGAGUUUCUUCCUUCGGAAGCGCCUAUCUCCUCCUGAAAGACUCGCUCCGAACCCGUCGAGUUGGGACGCUCGAUCACAUGUGGCACAUUGUUGAGACGCUGUCAAAUCACGAAAUAACAAGGAUUCACGCCGUCGCUACCGGCAUACGGGCCAAAGCCACAGUGUCGCCGGACAGUAAGUACUCGGAAAUCCAGAUCCACGGGAUGAUUGACGUGAGGAAGGACGUGGCAGCAAUCGUCGUGCAGAGGAAAGACUUGGAAAGCAACAGGACGGGACCGCUAAUUCAGGAGCUGAGCAAGAGAUACAUCCUUCCCGUGCUGACUUGUGAAGAGUUAGAUGAGAACCUCGGCGACCGCCGAUGGUCCACAGUUAUAAACCAAAGGGCAAAUUACCUUCUUCAGAAGACGAUGGCAAUGCAUGAUGCCACCUACAGCACCUGUAAGUGGUCAGUGUAA